AAAAAUGCCCCAGGCAUGUGCUGCAUUUGGCUGUACAAACAGACGAAACAUUCAAAACAGGCUUCGAGGGAUAACUUUUCACAAGUUCCCCAAAGAUCCUGGACUAAGGAAAGCUUGGGCUGUAGCUGUCAGACGGAAAGACUUUGCGCCUAAUGAUACUACAGUUCUCUGUAGCUGUCAUUUCAAGGCAGAUGAUUUUGACCGAACUGGGCAAAUUGUGCGUUUGAGGGAGUAUGUGAUCCCUUCAGUUUUUGCAUCCUUUCCACACCAUCUGAAUAAGGUGCCUAAUAAAGCGAGGUCAACGAGGACAUCAACACAAGCCAGUGAGGCAAGUGAUGAUCCCGUACCCGUGUCUGAAUCUCCUGAACCGCGGAACCCAUCAGCCCCGGAUCAUCAUUAUGCCCUGGACACCGAUGAGGUCAAAUAUAAGAUAGCUGAGACUCGGGCCAGAGUUGAAGAGCUGCAGAGGCAGCUGAGAAAUGCCAGGGACCGUGAAAGGAGACAGAAACGAACUGUAAAGUCACUGUUAGAUAAAUUAAAAGAGAAAAAUAUGAUUUCAGAGGAACUACAGCUCAAACUUGACCACUAUUCUGUGUAAAAAUGUUAACUGAAAUAAGAGUGUUAAAGAAGUUCAUCAUGCAGCAUACGUGGCUCAUCAUCGGUAUGUUAAAACAUCUCUGGUUGAACCUUUGCAGUAGUACCAUUUUUUGGUUAUUACCAAAACGUUGUUGUGAGCUGGGGUAUUUUUUAUCAAUGCUUUUUUAUCUAUACACAGUUAUACUCACAUAUUUACAUGAAAAUAUUUUAACCUAAUUGCCUUGUUUCGUAUAAGGUAAAUAGACCAUCAAAUGAAAAGGGAAAAGUGCCACUCCCUUUCAUUGAAAACAAGUAAUGUUCUGUUCGUUGUUGGAUGUAACAACAAAACUGAAUUUGACAUCACUACAGUUUUCAAUGAGAGCAAAUGUCAUUUCUGUCCUCUCGUGUAAUGGCAAAAUGUGUUCUGUUUACAUGAUACCUUCACAGUGAAAUGGGGCAAUUAGUCUGAGGUCAUGGUUAAGUAUUUACAGUAUUGCCAAUGUUUACUAUUUUAAUUUGAUUUAUUUUCAAUUUUGAAAAGGCACUUAUCCGUGACUGGCUUCAUCGUUACCAUCAACACCUUAACCUUGAUGAUCCCAGAGCUGCCUCAGUCGCAGCGUUGUGUUUGCACAUACCGCUUCAGCCAGGACCAUUUAGAGCUCCUCUUCAAUUCCAUCAGGGCAUCAGGUUGGAAUUACAUGUUUGAAUGCACAAUGCUGUGUGAUAACAAAGAAGGAUAAGGGACAAAUUUUAUUAGAUGAUACAAUACAGACGUAAAAUGUCACUUCACGCGCAAAUUGUAGGUUGGUGGAACGACAACCCGAGUUCGGGGCAGUUCCUGCGCAUUUUCCGCCGUCUAAUGGUCUGCUGUGGGGUUUCUUGGAGGAACACUGGCAAUGUGACGGCCCAGGAUGACACGGCCUCCCUGUCUGCCGUGCACAUGUCAUCUGUGGUGCCGGCUGAUGACUCUGACACUGCCUUCUCUCCGUUUGAGGACGUCUGUAGUGUGAUACCUGACCACAGUUACCUGCCAACUCACUUCGGGUGUCUGACAGAGAAUGCACUGGUGUAUGUAGGAGGAUUUGUUGUUCGACAGGUGAUGAAGCAGCAUUCGUGCGAUGUGUGCCCGAAACAGUUUGGUGUCUGAUGCUGUACCACCAUCAUUUUCUGAAAGUUAUCACCUUUUGACCUUGAAGAACAAUAGAGGCCUGAGGAUUCCAUCCGUAGGUACUGUCAAGGUGAUCCGCUCAGCAGAGCGCUGCAUUCGACAAACCACAAACAUUUCAUCAGCAGCUCAUCAAUGCAGCGUGUCCCUUGCCAACCACGUGGUCCGAUCCGACAUAGGUUCAGAAGAUGUGCUCAAUCUUGGUGACCAUUUUAUUGAAACACAGGACGGCAUUGACAGUCAUCACUUUUGCAUCCUAUCACUAGUCGUCAGCAGCUUCCACAGGUUGAGGCAGUACCACAUUGCCAAACUUCACACUCUGCAAUUGCAAAGUGGUAGCAUGAGGACGAAGCUGUGUAAAACUAUACUGUUUCAAGGAUAUUAAUCCUUAUAACAAAAGGUUGCUGAAAAGUGUGAGAUGGAGAGGAAUUGAGUUCGUCCAAGACAGGGAACUACUUUGAAUCAUACCUAGUUGCUCUACAGCCCAAAUUAUUUUAUGUUUACAUAUGACUGCACUGUA